AUGGCAGACGAAAGAGACGAUACGAAUAUUUACGAUGAAUGCGCGGACGUCUUGUCUGACGUUCCGGACGACUUGGCCGAUUCGGAAGAAGACAUUGGAUAUCAAAAAGAUGAAAGUGAAGCAGAAUCGUCAGAAGAUAGUGAAAUAUUUCCAAGAAAAAUUCGGCGAACGCUACGGUUGCCAACUGAUUCGGAUGAAUCCGACGAAGAAGACAGUGCACAGUGGUCAGACUUUAAUUUACCGAGGACCAAUAAUAAAUUUGAAGGAUCUCCGGGUCCAAACAUAUUUCCCAAAGAUACACAGAGCCUCGAGGAUAUCGUAGAAUUAUAUAUUGGGAACGAUCUAUUUGAAUAUAUUAGCAACGAAACCAACAAGUACUACAGUCAAAAUUUCAAUAGAAGGAAACUGGAUAAAAAAAUGCCAAAUUUGUCGACGUUACGGCACCCGAACUUAGAAAAUGGUUUGGGCUUGCUAUCCUUAUGGGAAUUGUAA